CGUGCGGAAAAGGGGUGGGAGCCUGUCCCUCCAGUUGGACCUCCCUUGGAACGGGCUUGCGCCUUUAAGGCCCUUCCUGGGACCCUUGGGCCAGGGGCAGGCCCCUUCCACACUGCCUUAUAAAACCCGCAUUAUCUGCUUUGAACUGGGUUAUAUAAGACCCUUCCACGCAGCCAUACAACCCAGAAGAUCAAGCCAGACAAUCCACAAUAUCUGCUUUCAACUGGGUUGUCUGAGUCCACACUGCCAUGGAUUUUAUACAACUGUGAAGAGCCCUAAACUGCCAUAUAAAAUACACAUUAUCUGUUUUGAACCGGAUUAUAUGAGGCCCCUUCUGCACUGCCAUAUAAUCCAUAUUAUCUGCUUUGAACCGGAUUACACGAGGCCCCUUCUACACUGCCAUAUAAUCCAUAUUAUCUGCUUUGAACCGGAUUAUAUGAGGCUCCUUCUACUCUACCAUAUAACCCACAUUAUCUGCUUUGAACCGGAUUAUAUGAGGCCCCUUCUACACUGCCAUAUAAUCCAUAUUAUCUGCUUUGAACCGGAUUAUAUGAGGCUCCUUCUACUCUACCAUAUAACCCACAUUAUCUGCUUUGAACCGGAUUAUAUGAGGCCCUUUCUACACUGCCAUAUAAUCCAUAUUAUCUGCUUUGAACCAGAUUAUAUGAGGCUCCUUCUACUCUACCAUAUAACCCACAUUAUCUGCUUUGAACCGGAUUAUAUGAGGCCCCUUCUACACUGCCAUAUAAUCCAUAUUAUCUGCUUUGAACUGGAUUAUAUGGGGCCCCUUCUACACUGCCAUAUAACCCACAUUAUCUGCUUUGAACCAGAUUAUAUGAGGCCCCUUCUACACUGCCAUAUAAUCCAUAUUAUCUGCUUUGAACCGGAUUAUAUGAGGCUCCUUCUACUCUACCAUAUAACCCACAUUAUCUGCUUUGAACCGGAUUAUAUGAGGCCCCUUCUACACUGCCAUAUUAUCCAUAUUAUCUGCUUUGAACCGGAUUAUAUGAGGCCCCUUCUACACUGCCAUAUAAUCCAUAUUAUCUGCUUUGAACCGGAUUAUAUGAGGCUCCUUCUACUCUACCAUAUAACCCACAUUAUCUACUUUGAACCGGAUUAUAUGAGGCCCCUUCUACACUGCCAUAUAAUCCAUAUUAUCUGCUUUGAACCGGAUUAUAUGGGGCCCCUUCUACACUGCCAUAUAACCCACAUUAUCUGCUUUGAAACUGUUUAUAUGAGGCUCCUUCUACACUGCCAUAUGGCCAUCUUUCAGGGGUGCUUUGAAUGUGAUUUUCCUGCUUCUUGUCAGAAUGGGGUUGGACUGGAUGGCCCAUAAGACCUUGUCCAACUUUUUGAUUUUAUGAUAGAAUAAACUGUUUAAAUCCCUUUAAAAAACAGAAGACAGAAAUCCAAACAUUUCUGGAUUUCAGGCCAGUGUGAAACAGAUUGGCUCCAAAUCGGUCCCCGCAGAAAAUGAACCAUUCUUCAGAGCACUUGCAUCCCUCACAUGCUUAUAUUUUCUUUUCUCUUUUACUGCAGCAUUUGGUUGUAUUGGAGCCCCCGGUGGUGCAGCGGGUUACACCACUGAGCUGCUGAACUUGCUGACUGAAAACUCUGCAGUUCAAAUCCAGGGAGCAGAGUGAGCUCCUGCCAUUAGCCCCAGCUUCUGCCAACCUAGCAGUUCGAAAACAUGUAAAUGGACCAGUUGAUGCCUCUGUUUUUGUCCUUUUGGGUGAGGUUGCAACCACAGGAAGCUGACGCCAAAGCCUGCUUUAAAGGGCGGAAAAGUGAGCGAGAGAAGAGCUGAUGUAUUUGCACGUCAUUGAGAGCACAACUGGCAAAAGCUGGGAACGGAAGAGAGAAGGACGGGAGAAAGAGGCUCUGGCCAAGUGGACCUCUCGCCUCGUGCUCAAAGAUGGAAGAAGCCGUGGUGAAGAAGGGCUUCCUCUACAUGUAUCAGCAGCAGACCUUUGGGAAGAAAUGGCGGAAGUUCUGGGGCGUUUUGUACCGGGGGAGCAGCCGUAGCUCAUCCCGCCUGGAGCUCCUCGGAUGCAAGCUGCCUCCGUCCGCAGGAAAAACCAAGAAGAAGGAGACCACCAGCCGGCGCCUGAUCCACCUGAGGGACUGUGUCUAUGUGGCCGAAACGGCCAAAGACAACGAGUGCCUCAAGGAGACCACCCCAUUCCUCCUGGAGACCACCGAGAAGUGCUAUCUUCUGGCUGCCGAGAGUGCCGAGGCCACAGCCUGGAUCCUGGCACUAUGUGAACAUGCCUUUAAGAGGAAUAGUGAGUUGGAGAAGGACGGACUGGAAGGCAAGGCUCUCUCUUCCCUUUCUUCCCUUUCCAUGGUGGAGAAUCCUCUGUACAGCCCAACAUGCAAAGGAGAGAGCAAGACCUUUCCCGUGACCGUCAGAGCCACGCCGGCCUCGGAACGCAUCCAGCUGUGGGGCAGGUUCCUUCUCUCGGCUCAAGCGGAAGCCCUGGACCUGUGUAGCGUCCAGGGGGGCAUUGCCCUCCACACCUGGCCUUAUAGAUUCCUGCGCAGAUUUGGCCAUGAUAAGACCAUCUUCUCCUUUGAGGCUGGACGGAGGUGCUCUUCGGGCGAGGGCAGCUUUGAGUUUGUCACUCCGCAGGGCAAGGAGAUCGUCCGGAUCAUCGAAGGUGCCAUCGAAGUGCAGAAGAAGUCCAUGUCGAACGACCCAACCUGGGAGGCUUCUGCUGGCGUCACUCUUCCUCCCAAGGCUUUCAACCAGCCCAGCUCUGAAGGAGGAAACUGGAAGACCAGAGCCACGGCACAGGACAAAGGGGCUCCGUUGACCUCUCAAGUCACUGGCACCAACAUGAUCCGUUCCUUGGAAUCCAUCUGGAAAGGGAAGCCAGGAAAGGAUAGCGUGGUCUCACCCAUUCUGCCCACCUGCUCCAAAAAGGUUCCACCCAGGCUUGAUUUGUUCCCCAAGCAAGAUCUCCAGAGUGGACCGAAUGCACUGGAAGGGCCGGAAAAGGUGGCAGCAGACGAGUCAGAGUCGGAGGAGCCUUUCAAUGCUGCUUCCAAGUCACCGGGAAACAGUAUUUCCAGCCAGACCUCUCUUUUGUUUGGCAGGAUGCAGAGGCCAAGUUUGGCUCCUACAAGCCUUGGAUCAAUGCAUGUAUAUGAUGACCCAGAGAUCUCACCUCCCCUGGUUUACGAUGAGCCCCAGGAGAUCACAGGAGAGGCUUGGAAGCUGCGGGCCACGGCUGAGGAUCCCGUGGGCCACGAAUAUCCCUACAGUCCGGGCCUGGAUGACUACGCUGUGCCCAGGCUGCCCGGGCAAGGCAUACAAGGAAUUGUCCAAUCGGCAUGUGAGCACAGGAUCCUAAGGUUCAAGGCUGAAAAGAACACAAUGUGAGGGAGGAGGAAGAGGAAGAAGAAAAGGAGAGGACUCUGGCUGGAGAAGAGGCACAGAGUGUAAUGUAGUAUGAAUUUUUGGUUUACAGAUGAUAUGUUUAAUUGUGUGUUUGUGUUUUAAAAGGGUAAGUAGUACAGUUUUUGCAUCUCAGCACUCAGAGGCUGGUUGCCAUGGAGAAGUAGGCGGAGCCAACUGCCAUUUUGUUGAAGAAGUGCAGAGUUUAAAAAAAGGGAUUCAGUCUGUGCUCUGAUGAGGCACAGGGAAGAUUGAUCCUAGGCUGAGGGGAUCAAGGAGACUCAAUUGUUCAUUUUGGCUGCAGGGAGGCGCACGCUUUCUGGGCCUGCACACCACACACACAUGCAUUCUCUUUCCAAGACAAGGAGGCAAGUUCUCAUUCUUACUCUAGAGGAGGUGCUUGUUUGCUGGAAGGUGUGUGCAUGCUUUCUGGGCCUGUACGCUACACUCACACUCUCUUUCCAAAACAAGGAAGCAAAACGCAAGUUCCCAUUCUUACUCUAGAGUAGACGCUUGGCUGCAGGGAAGUGCAUGCUUUCUAGGCCUGCAUGCCACAUACACAUGUACUCUUUCCAAGGCAAGGAGGCAAGUUCUCAUUUUUACUCUAGAGGAGACACUUGACUGCAGGGAUUAGGUAGCAGAGAAGUGCGUGCUUUCUGGGCCUGCACGCCACA